CCUAUUAUCCCAUCAUUUCCGACCUGAUGGUCAACCUCGGUGCCUAGUCCCCAGCGAUCGCUCCAAACAGAUUGUCCAGUGCUUUUAGUCUAGUUUAAUAUACCGUCACUCGGGCUUGCCGCUCCCCUCCAACCUCUUUUCUACCCUCCCCUUCCCAACUUUGGCAUUUCCAACUUCUUCCUAACCUUUUGCCAUCUUCACUCUUUCUCUACCCACACGUACUGGACCCAGUCACUGUACGUGUAAGAGAUUAAUUAGUCUCAACUUGCUGCUGGCUUCGUCUCAGAAACGACAAAGUCGCGCAUUAUUCGGCCUGCUGCAGCACUCGAGCUCCUGCACUCAGUCGCCUACUUGUUUGUCACCCCGCCACUAAUUUUCGAGGCGACAACUCACUCAACUUGCAUCCUCCCUCCCACCCGAGAUCAAUCGUCGUAAGAGUCAUCCCUGGUUGACUCUUUUCCAUUGCGCCGUCUCGUCGCUCUUCCAGUAGAUCUAUUUGUCGCCAAGUCAUCGAAUCCCAGAUAUCUUGGCUCUUGCCAGCUCUCCCUCUCGACUCUUGGCUUGGCAUCUUCCUUGGGUCCAAAAAUGUCUGACCUCGCCGAAGCCAGCACCAGCACGGCCGCCGCCGCCGCCGCCGCCGUAGCCAACCCUCCAGCACCUCAGGAUGUUGUCCAACAACAAGGACAACUGCCUCAGCAGGCUGCGGUCCCUCAACCUGCCGCCGCCGCUCCCAGUGUCAAUUCUGCAGGCGAGAACUUGCAGUGCCAGUGGCAGGGUUGCAGUGAGCGUUGCACCUCUCCAGAAGCCCUUUAUGAACAUGUCUGCGAGCGCCAUGUCGGCCGCAAGUCUACCAACAACCUCAACCUGACCUGCGCCUGGGGCCAGUGCCGCACCACCACCGUCAAGCGUGACCACAUCACCUCUCACAUCCGCGUUCACGUGCCUCUGAAGCCUCACAAGUGCGAAUUCUGUGGCAAGUCCUUCAAGCGACCCCAGGAUCUGAAAAAACAUGUCAAGACCCAUGCUGAUGACAGCGUCAUCAUGCGCUCCCCCAACCUAGAACCUAAUGGAGGACAGCGUCAACCUCAGAAUGGCCUUCCUCAAGGUGACUACAACGCCUCAUACUAUGGUCACGGUCUGACUGGACAAGUCCCUCCGAGUUACUAUGCUCCGGCCCUGGGUGGUCCUCCGGACUAUGCUGGCCAGCAUCAUCCCAACCAAUAUUAUCAGCCACAUCCUCAGCCAGGACAACAUCCUGGUUACGGUCCAGUGACUUACUACAGCACCGCUCCUCAGAACACGUAUGAUUUUGAGACUCGCAAGCGUGGUUAUGACGCGCUCGAUCAUUUCUUCGGUCAGGUCAAGCGUAGAGAACUUGAUCCCGUCAACUUCCACAAUGUCAGCCGCCGCCUCUUUGAACUUCAAGGCCUUCAGCUGCCUCAGAUCAUCCCAUCGGCGGUUUCGGUCCCUGCUUACCAACCCGUUUCCGUGGGAGGAAGUUACGACAACGCCGACCCUAUCCAGGCCUACAGCCUGCCACCUAUGGGCAAUGCAAAGACUCGUGGCGACCUUACUUCAAUCGAUCAGAUUCUGGAGCAAAUGCAAGCUACCAUCUAUGAGAACGACACCCAACUUGCCCAAGCCGGUGUGGCUCAACCAGGAGCCAGCUAUGUGGCAUAUCGUACCAGCAACAGCCCACCUAGCCACCACCUCGCGUCUGCCGCUUCUCAUAGCACGCCCUCAUCCAUGCUACAACAUCAACACCAGGGCAGUAUCGCUAGCGCCACCGAUGCCAGCACUCCAGGUUUGACACCGCCUUCUUCGGCUCAAAGCUACACGUCUGGCCAAUCGCCACUGCAAAACCAUGCCGCCCCCAGCAGCAGCGCCAUGUAUCCAACUUUGCCAUCUUCGACCGGGGACAUCGCAUAUGCGGCUGCUAAUGCUGCUACGCUCAGUGGCAUGUACGAUAGCGAAGACCAUCGUCGCCGCUACAGCGGUGGCAUGCUUCAGCGUGCGGCACCUGCCAAAGAUCGGGACGCCAUGGACGUCGCUAGCGAUGGUUCUCUGACCCCGCCCGCAUCGGCGAUGAACAAGGAGGCCAAGGGUAAGGGCAAGGCCUCAAUGGAGGAUAGUUUGAUCGACCCUGCUCUCAGUGGCGAUGCGAGCACACCCAAGAGCGAGUCCAAGGAGCCCGAUUCUCAGCAAAUCUGGGUGGAGAAUAUGCGCCUGAUCGAGUGGAUGAGAGACUUUAUCAAGAAGAAGCUCGAACGCGAGGACUACGAUGACGAGGACCAGAAGGAGGUCACGGCCAAGGCUGAUGGAGACGACACUGAUAUGACGGGAACGGAUGACCACAAGGACAAGUCGGAUCAUGAGCAAUUGUACCCUGUCCUUCGACAUGUGGAGGAAAGUGCCUGAUGGCGGACAAAUUGUAUUGAGCCAUGUUACGAUUGAGGACGAACAAAAGGGUCUGGGAAGGCUAUGAUGACUGCACUUCGAGUGUCCUACUCGGAGCAUUGACUGUUGAUCAUGAGUAACUAGGGCAGGACCAGGCCAGAUGAAAAGGGGUCCACCCGCGGAGUUGAUAGGCGUUCAUUCAGAAGACAAUGUCAAACUUUGCUGACCAGCUG